AUGUCGGCCACACCCCAUAGAUCUUCUAACGAGAAGGUCUCCGAGAUUCAGGUUCUUCCAGCACCAAUCACUUCGUCACCUCCUGUGAGGCGAACCACCCUCACCACCUGUCUGUUCAGGCUUGCUCUUAGCUUCUUAAGCGUCCUCUUGCUCCUCAAGGUGCUUAGCAACGUCUUGGGUUUCCACCCUAGUGACCUUAUGAGGCCAUGUCACGGCAUGAAUCACCAAGUGCUCGAUAACAGCCCGCUGCUGUUCGACGACGAUGGCCAUCAUCAACAUCCAUUCCCGCCUAUUGAGAAGUGGAAGCCCUUCAACGGCACCACCCAUUUUGAGUUCGAGCCUACCGAAGCGAGUGGCCUGUCCAUCCGAGGAGCAAAAGUGUUUGGGAAAGUUGUUUUUGCAACCUCCAAGUUCUCCAACAAGGUCUUGAUCGACCUAGACAUCAAGACGAGCAAGGAGGACAGGGAUGGAGAUGUCACGGUCCAGGAAGAUAACGGCCAUCUUACUGUUCACACCCCAUCUACUGGUAAGCUCAAGACCUACGCCGCCGCGGCGAUCCAGAUCCCGUCCAACAUCCUGGGAGAAUUCGCUCUCCCACGAUUCGAAGUCGAUGUCCCACGCCACAUGGUCGACUUCAGCCAACUCCCCGAAUCUCUGGAAAUCGGCUCCUUCGCGAUCCGAGUGGGCAGGGGCUUCGUCAAGCCGGGCCCCGUUCACACUAACACGACUCAACUCUCGAUUGGCAACGGCGCCCUCCGUGGAUCCCUAACACACGCCCGCAAUGAGACCAACGUCGACGUAGGAAGGGGCAACGUGACGCUCGACAUCCCCUCCAUCUCCUCGGGCAAUCAAGGCUCGACCCACAUCCACGUCGGCCACGGUGAACUGAACGGCACACUGGCGAUCUACAACUCCACCAGCAUCGACAUCGGCAGCGGUAGCAUCUACAUCAACGCGGCCUUUAAAUCCGGCGCCGCGCCGCGAGCCAUGCUCUCCACUCGGAUCGCGUCCGGCAACUCGCGUGUAUACGUCGACUCCAUCGCUGCGGAGCGACUGUUCGAGGCGUAUCACUCGUCCGUUGCGGGCGACCAGCUAAUCACGUACCCAGCAAAUUUCCAAGGCACGGUCGAUGCGCGCGGCAUCGUCGGGGACAUCAAGCUUGAGGGCAAGGACCUGGCCGUGGAGAAAGUUGUCGGCGGCAUGGUGGGCCGACAGGGCGACAGCAAUAGGAACUCAGUCAGCGUCAGGACUGUCAGAGGCAGGCUAGAUAUUCUCGUCGGGGACGAGCCAGCGGGCAAGGCUCAUGGCUGCUAA